AUGGUUGUUAUGCAAGUAUUGAAACGGUAUGUCCCCAUAUAGAUUCUACUCCGGCAUUUGACAGACUUCUUUCUUUUGGGUGAGACCAUAACGAUAGCUUAUUUGAGAGGAUAAAAGUCCUUUUUUUCUGACAAUAAACGCAAUCGUAGCUGCCAAGUCAUGAUGUCUGUGAGUGGUGACGAUUACGACAAAGCAGCCCACUGCUAGAGUAGUAAGCCUUUAAAUCGCAUGAAAUAUUCAGAUAGCGUUUUUGGUUUGAGCCAAGUUGACUUGGGUAAGGAAAUAGUUGCUGCAUAUCUACAAACAAGUUUAGAUCUAGUACGAAUUAUUUCAAUCCCAUCUGUCAAAAAACAGAGCUUCCAAACUUAUCCGACAUGCCCCCGACAAUGUUCUGAAACUACCUUUGAGCACUUGCGCAGGCUGCUCAGACGCAGACGCAGCUCUUGAGUUUUCAGAGUUUGGCCUUUGACCCCAGGCUCUUGACAGGGUAUAAACAACAUUUUUAAUUUGUGAAUUUAAGAUAAGUGCUGCGACAGUCAACUUGUUAACUUGGGCCAUCUUCACCGACGAUGCCAUGGUGGACUGGAAGACACUAACAGAUGGUUGUAUAGAUCGUCCGAGAAGGAGAGGAAAUGCACUGUACUGGUGAAUUUCAUGGCUUCCGUGUCCCCUUGACCUGGCAUUUUUGGAAACAGCCAGGACCAAAAUGCCCUAAACGUUCGACGCCAACGGUUGACGAGCUGUCGCAAAUGUUCUUAGAAGAGCACCUCGUCUCCUUGCUAACAACAUGUCUAGGGCUGAAAAGUACACGUCAUAAAUUAUAAAACACAGGUAGAAAUGCCUUCUAAUGCCUUAAGUACAACAGAUUAAGUAAAUUGGGUUGCAGAAUUGGAAAGCGUACAGCGUAAUGCUGCGUUACUCCUGACACCGUGACAGUCUUGUUUGGAAACUUUCCUGCGAAGUAGCAGUCACUUGCGCGGUUUAUUCCGCAAUUGCUUUACCCUGCUUAUAAGGUCGCUAAUUUUUGCUAGCGAGGAUUGCCAAGAAUUUCGGUCCUAACGGUUCCUUAUAGAAAAUCGCACAAUGUAAUCACGUUCUUGCAUAUAUCAAAUAUUUCGACAUUAAGAAAUUCAGUAAUUCAUGUAUCUGUUGAAAUAACCGCAGUUUGUAAGUCCUUCCGUUCUACCGUCUAUUUACUAUUCACUUUUUCUGGGGGAGUUUUUCAUUCCGUUUUAUAAUGUUUUCGUGAGAUGUCCUGACAUAAACAAAAUUUUGGGAUGUGUGUGAACCAAUUACUACACGUCGUAAGCCGGGCCAAGCAUCUUCGAAUUGUAUACUGCAUGUACAUCUAGCCGAGAUAUUCUUGCAAACAAGAUAUACCAGUAUGCAAAAUUAUUUUUAGCAAAAAUGCUAUUGUGGAUCCUCCUUGGCAAAAAUAAUUAUCCAAAGCCAUAAUAUUCCUCAGGGGCGGCGGUUGUCGGGCGCUUCAGACUUCCUAGUGGAUCAAAGUUGACAGUCGUAGAGCAAAAUAGCACUAACUGAUGACUCGUCCACUCCUAGCGGGACUAGGGGCGCUGAGUGCAGUUUUUGCAGACUACCGAAAAGAAGUACAUUCAAAAGCCAACAGUCUGGUUUGUCUGAAAUGUCACGGGACUACGUCACAAGGUAGACAAUAUUACAGCCUCACUUAACUGAUCCUUCCUAAUCGAAAACACAUUUCAUGAGAUCGGUCGCUGACUGUAGGUCAACAGUGCCAGCAAGAUCAGCGUACCGCCUAUGGAUGAGGAGCCUCUCACGCCAUCUUAUGCUAAACUCCUAUACCCAUGCCUGUAGGGCCAAGACUACUUACACGAGAACGUACCCUACCGACGGCUCGGAAGUCGCCAACAAGUGCAUCCCUUUCUGAAAUCACCGCGGUCCUCUGUUCCACCUGCGGGACCCUGCCCAGUAAAGAAUGGACCCACAAUUAUUGUUUCCUGUAGCAAGAAGAUUUAGAUUCACCUAGGCUUUUAGGGUCGUCUCUUGUGCAACUAUGGUACUUGAAGUCUGCAUGCCGUGUUGCCACCCUAACAACUUCUGCCGCCGUCCACUCGCAGUCUAGCUCUGGAGGGCAGGACGAUCAUAACUUCGAUACAUCAGCCCAAAUCUUCUAUUUACAAACUCUUCGAUUCUCUCACUCUCCUUGCAAAUGGCCGUAUAGUCUACCAUGGAGCCGCCGGUGACUCUCCCGUGUCCUACUUUCGACGACUUGGUAGGCUCCUUUUUCUGCGCACACCUUCGUCUUUUUGAGUUAACAUGUUGCACAAGGACUGCUAGUCCUUCCGACAGAAUGGCAGUUAAUCCAAUUGCCUAUCUCCCAACCUCUACUUCUGCCCUUCCAGCUUGUUUUUUCCUGUUUGACUGACAGAAAAUAUGCAAAUUUAUAAAAAAAACAGAGAAGUCACCCAUCUCAUUCUCGAGAGACAGUUCUGUAACCUGUAAGAAUCGACCAGUGUCAUGUCUUGCUCCAUUUUUUUCCCACGGCUUGCCUCAAAGAGCCAGACCUCUAGUUGGGCUUUACAAUAGGAAGGACAACACCCUCGAGGAAAGCAAUUUGGAAGAUAGAAAUGACACCAGAGAAUUGCUGAUCGGUUGUCUUUGGGGGAGAACUUGUGGCGUUUAGCUCUAUAAGCAAUCGUAAUGGGUAAUCAUCUUACGCCAAAAGGCAGUCGAGUCUUUCAAAUAGCAUACAGGUACGGUCAUGCCGUUCGUCCAGAGCAAGCUGUCCCAAUUAAAACGUGCGGAUGGGCAAGCAUAUGGGCGCCUUUGAGUAAGCCAAAAACGCUAUCACCCCGAACUAAAUGCGGACACAAAGUUGAUUUUAAUGACUAGAGGCAGUCUGUAUAAGGUAAGACACGGAAAUAGGAACCCUCCGUGAUACGUACUCUUGGUACUUGGUACGGCUGCGAUCAUGCCUGAUCUAGCCGGCCUCGAUGAUGUCCCCAACUGUAUCUCUCCACGCGUGAUGACCCGCGGCAGCAGAUCUGGACAGUUUAGCCCAUUCUCUUCGCCCUUGUGAUACAGGUGGCCUUGUGUUAAACUCCAGGAAGGGCACCCAUUCCCCAAGUCUAACCCCAAUCCUAACCGCAACCGUAACCCCCUUGGAAUUUUGCGCAAGGUCACCUGUGUCAUGGGGGCUCCUUUUGCCGUGUCCAUCCUUUAUUACGACAGACGAUGAAACUGGGAAACACACACAAAUUGUUUUUGUGAUUUGUUGUGAUGGACGUUGUUUCCAGUUCCUAGACAGUUCAAAAGAUUGCCAAAUACAAAACUGACCUGGUUUAUUAAGUCAGCGGUAAAAGCAUCAUCCGAGAAACCCCGGAGUCAGCGUGAGUUUUGUUACAAAAAGACAUUUUAUGCAUAUUAGCUCGAGUUCGUCGAUUCACUCACAACGAAGCAUACCUGUGAAAUGGUAUUUGUUGGGACGCCAACUUUUUAAUAAGCCCCCUAAUUAGGCCGCCUCUGAUCGCACUCACAAGACGAGGACUAGUGAAAGCACUUUUAAUUUAAUCUAUUUCUUGUGAACCAGUUCAGAUGAGGUCUUGACAGAAGCGAAUAGGCUAUCUCCAGGAAGCAGUUCAGAAGGGGAAAAUGCGAUCGCUGGGACCCACCAUCAGAGACGGUCGCAGAUAAGGAUACCUGAGGCACAAGUAGCGCAGUAUUCAUAGGACGCAAUUUCUAUGCCACCGCACGCCCAGCAUAACUGGUAGCAUCCGAUUUCAUCGCCGGGGUCUUAUUUCGUGUGAUUAUUGUUGGUUGGUCCGCACCCGAGUCAUUAACCGACGUGAUUUAAUCACCGUUGCUGAUUCUUGGUGUGAAGACUAUUUGGCAAUUUGACUCGCUGUCACGGGGGUAGAUGGUCACCCGUCGCCUCCCUGCGUGGCUUAUUACUUUGCCCAGGCAAAGUAUCAGCACAGAAUAUGGAGGCGGGAGGUCGUUGCACUUGUUAAUUAAAUGCGGGCCGGAGAAUCAUGGCUCAAGCAGUUCGCAGCUCACGCGGUUGUCACCUCUUGCGAGAAUUUCGACCUCGUCAAACUUGGAGGUGUGAACGGAUCUCGCCGAAUGAGUCGCGAUCUGGGAGCUAGUGCCAGUCCUAACUGCUGCUGCACGUACGACCUUUCGCGUCCGGAAUAGUCUCCCAGUUUUUCCGACGUAGUUGCCUUGUCUGCAACUGCGCCAGAUCAAGUAAACGACUCCAAAUGUUGCCUGCGUGUCGGUAAGUCCUUCGACCUUAUGAUCUGACCGUCUGAUAGUUUCCUGCGGUCUCUGUGCAACCAUAACUCCAGGUGGUGUGAGAAGACGACUGACGACUUCUGAGACCUUCCUAGACGCGCUCGUCAAAAUUCGGGGUCGGUCGGUUGGUUGGCUCUCGUCUCGUUUGCGCAUGCAUCAGCUGACGGAGUUGCUCGGGUACUCAUUAUCUCUAAGAUAUUGUAAUUUAGCGACCUAGCCUUCCGGUUCACUGUAAUGCGUCUCAACGCACCGGCAUAGCGCCCUUACACAACUGCGUUUGUGACAGAUUGGAUGGUUGCUGUUGAGCUUCAGCAUUCGCGUUGCAUCAAGGGAGGCCAGCUGGUUGUUUUCCUGCUCUUCCAUCGUAAACCGUUUGUCUGCGAAGACGGCGUUGAGGCGUUCUUUGAAUGUCAGCGCCUGAUCCCGUUCGAUGACGACAUAGGUGUUACUCACAUAUCGUACUAAGGACUUCGGUUUGUGGUGUUGGAAGACCAGCGACUCCAAUCGUUGCAGGACCGCCUCGACUAUGAGCCCCGAGAUCGGCGAACCAAUUGCGUGCUUUACACUUGCCCGUAGAUUUUCCCUUCAAACGCGAAGUACGUCCUGAGGCAACUUCAGGAGCUGAAUGACUUAGGUGUGUCUAAGGCGAUUCCCCGUUUCAUCGUACUUGCAUUUUAGGAGUAGUUCGAUUAUCUCGACUGCCAGAUCUUGGAGAAUAGAAAUACCGAGGGACUUGACGUUAAAAGAUACCAUGACCUCAUUUUGCAGGAGACUUACCCCUCAAGUCUCUUGAAGAAUCGUGUCGACAAACAGGCCGUGGCAUCUGAGUCAAUGGUUAGCAAUUUGAGACACCGAAGCAGCCACUUUGCCAGUCCGUACGUUGGAGUACUUUUGAGCAAUACGUUGGGUCGGAGAAGGGCGCCCUCUUUGUGCUGCUUCGGGAGGUCAUAGAAUCCGGCCAAGACCGUCUCCUGGUUUCUCGCCAUGCGUCGGUCAGUCAGCGUUUUUGCACCCGAUUUCUCCAUUGCCAACAGCAUCGUAUUAAUUUCACGGGUCAUCGCUUUUACGGAGUUGGUUUCGCAUGAAACAUAAAACUCGCGAUCAUCCAGCAACAAUGUUUGGCCUUCUGAAGGUAGUCUGUUCUGUGCAGUAUGACAGUGGAACGUCCCUUGUCCGCGAGCAGGAUAACGGUGUCAUUGUAAUGCAUCGACUGAGCUUACGAAGACAUACUUCAUUUCCGAGGGGGGGGGGAAUUUCAGAUUGCAGUUAAGAGAAUGAGCAAAAACCCACGUUACUUUCACUUGGAGCACUCGAAUAAAGUUUCAGCACGACUGCCUCUAUGUUGACUCGAGGUGUAGUCUAAUAAGAGUUCGAAUGGAACGAGCAGUAGCGUACAUGAUUUUUCUCCAAAGAACUGCUCGUUUCGGAACCGUCAACUUUGAUUUCUACAAUGCCCGACUGAGAAUCUAUGGCCUUCAAUGGAAGUUGUGUCACUUAACCAGUAAAUACUAAAUAUGCUUAACCGCACCGUAUACGCACUAAUUUAGCAUAAUAGUAUUAUAAUUAUCAGGGGGCAUAACCAAAAUCAUUCGACUACCAUCGGUGAUGCGUUUAUCGUUCAGCGUCACCCUGAAUACGGUCAGCAAAGGAAGUUUUUUGAGUCACGUUAUUUCAGAACAACAGAAUAGUAAGCUUGUUAGUGUAUCUUCGUCAAUGAUAGUAUUUUGACAAUACGUCUCACUAAGUUUGUUUAACACCACGUGAUUUUCACCCCCAUCGUUUGGUUGCCGUGGCGCGCCUGUUUGCGCAGUUAAUCCGUCUGACCUAAUUGCUAGACGGAGCACGUUUGUUGUGAUUGCACCUUAUGAUUUUCGUUCUCAAAAAACAAUCCAGAAAAAGUCAUUCCAGCUUCCUUCUUUUUGCUAAUAGCCUGGUAGAUGCCCUGAAGCAACACGGGGACUGGGCCGGAGUCCGACAGGCGUUAUUGGGAAUGCGAACCCAUGACAAGUGUCAACAUGUGGGAUCUUGUGGUACGCCCGAUUUCAGGGUCACACCGCACCAAUUGGACUCCGAGCCGCUCCCCUUUUUGUUGUUGUCGGAAAUCCUGAUAAAGUGUGUCUUGUGAACCGGGGGGCGUGGUGGUACGUGUGGGUGUGGGUUUUCGCCGUGCCAGCCACCUGCGCCCGCUCCCGCUUCCGGUCUUCUUGACUCUGUCUCGGCACAGGAUCCAGGCUGGGAGGGGAGGGGGAGGCGUGGAAGAUGCACUGCAAGUUCGCCAUUACUAUAAAUUAAUUCACGCGCAAGUCAUCGUCUCUGCUCUCACCCUGCUUCGAUGCAUACGGCGGACGUAGUCGGCAACAAUGGCCAAGUUGUCGGUGCGCGUCGACGCCGGCCAUCUUGGGGCUGUCUUUCCAUCAGACCAAGGUAGAUGAGGGAAGAGGGAGGGCAGUAGAUUCUUCCCAAGUCCACAUACUAGAGACUGAUUCACGCGCAAGUCGCCAGUGCUGCGGCCACUUCGUGAGACAUGCAUUGGGUGCUGUCGCUCGCUACGGUCCAACCGUCGUAUAUUUAUUUUCGGAGAUCCUAUAGGUUCGACCGUUUAACCUGGAAGGGUGUAAAAAAUUAAUUUCUUUUACCAAGCUUGUAGGAAACCGCAUUUCCUUAAAAGUUCGCACUUGGAUUAACUAUCUGUUUCGCUUUUAAAAAUACUCGUAGUUAUGAGUGUUUUUGGAAGUUUCACAUGAGUAUUUGUUUAGUAUAAUAUUUGAAAGCCUGUUAAUGCCGUUGAAGAAGUUCGAAAUAUAAUUAACCUCCCUCCCAUUAGUUUAGAGACACUAGGAAGUCUCUCUGUAGGCGGAAAUAUAAUUAGUGAAUCCUCCUCAGGGAUAUUACAUAGCUUAUGUUUAAUUAGGCGUCUCCGAGCACAAUUGUAAACUCAAGUUGCCUUUUAAUAUGUACGUUAAUUAUCGAACAUGGUAAACCAAAGUGUAUUUUAUUCUUUGAAACACCAGGUUACAGGAGGACUUAAAUGCCUCCGAAACGACUUCUAGAAAAGAAUUUUUCGCCCACUUUUUCCAGGAGAAAUGAUUCGUUUUAUAUCUUAUCUAGCUGGAAAAAGAUCGAAUAGUUGUGUAAUGCUUAUUAUAAUCGUCUGGUAGCCAGAGAUAUUAUGAGCCCAAUACAUGUGUUCACUAAUGGAAGAAUACACUUGACGUUAUGUCCUUCCCUGAUCGGCUUUGAAACUCAGAUAAGUUAACUUUGCUGUCGGGGGGACAUUUUAAGUGGACACCGCAUGUUUUCGUUGAAAAUUUGCGUUGAGCACAAACAUCUUCAGCGGAAUGACCGCGCGCUGCCUACAAGUGUACGAGUUUCAGCUGAUACUCCCAUGUUUUGAGUAUGGGAAACCAACUUUCUGUAGGUAGUGGCCUCAGUCGAUGCCUCGUAGCCAUUGACGUCCAUUGGCCCAUAAAUUAUUGCCAUGUCAAGCUCUAACAAACCGACCCGAUAAUAUCUUAUCCCUGUUAUUUUUCUGUUUUACAAGGCUACAAGGUCAGUGACCAUGAAAACCCCGCGGAUUUCUUCAUCGAUCUUCUGCAUACCGAACUGCCGAAAGAGGCGCAGGAAUGUCUGAAUGUCCUGUAUCCAUCUGCUGAUGGUACACGAAAAUGUCACAACCAAUUUUCUGGUAUGUUUUUGGUUCCUUUUGUAUCUAGUGAGGAAAAUAUACUGGCAUGGCAAAGUCAGAAAUUAUUCGGGUAGUUCUAAGACUUGUUGCGACAUCUUAACAUUCUUCCCAAAGGUCAUUUUAUGCGACUACAAGGCAACCACUGUGCUGGCAGUUACUCAAGAACUUAUUAAGCCCCCUCCAUCACCGAAGUUUUAUUCCUGGCUGCUGUUUCGGUCUAGCGUUACACCGACACAGGCCGAAUUUUUCAUGGGAAGGGGGAGAUUGGAUGGAGAGUGCAAACACAAGGUUCAGCACACAACCUCAUCGCAUUUCUUUUCCACUGCUGGCCAACAUGAUUGUGGGCGCGGUUAAAUCCUCUAGUGUCCGUUCGAAGGGGGACAGGUGGGCUUCCAUUCGCGACCGGGGAGGGGGGGGGAGGAGGAUGCCACUGUGCGCUCCAGUCAGCACGGUAUGUAAGCAGUAUUGUGUUGCCAGCUGGGAGCGUAGACCUGACUGAUUCUACCCAAUUACCGACCGUCAGCGAUGUAGGUUUGCACUCGAUGUGACAAGUCUUCUGAGAAUUCGACGAAAACUCUAGUGUCAGGCAUAGGAUUGUUGCCGAUCAGCGGUCGCCUCCGAACGCCUGGCUGCCGCUUCAACGCUCACUCUUCACGUCAAGUAUUUUGGGCCAAUAGAACUUCAGAAUUUACCUCGAGCUGUAGCAUUGGUUAACAAAAGUGAACGCCUGUGGUCUGGAUUCCAGACCGAACGGAUAGGGGUGAAAGACCGCGGUGUGCGAAUUAGUUCUACUGCGAAGAUAUUUCUGGCGUCGAAAUACCCCUAGCAUUUUCGGUGCCUAAAGAAAAUAGUGGUUUACACAAGAGUUCUUGAAAACUUAAACGCCUACUGCAUCCAUACAUAGUUUUGAUCCGGGACCCACUGAUUUCGUUCCAAACAUACUAUCUCAGAUGUUGCACAUAGGCAAAUCGCUUUGGAAAAUCAACCACAAUUAUCAAAGCCUAUUAGCGCAUGGUGGAGUCUUUUUUAUCGAUUACCGGGCACUAAAGUCGGAGAACAAUCUGUGUACUGAAAGAAGCUUGAAACUAGUGAUUAAACAUGCUGAUCGGAACAUUCCCCGACCAAUACGCAAAUAAUUGCUCGAUUACCCGUAUGAAGCACCAAAACAUGCUCAAUAUAUUGAAAGUUAACAGCAGCAGCUAGGAUUUGGACAAAUAGCCUCGACACUAGACUACUGCUGCAUGUCAAAGAUAGAGAUUAAACUUCUGGAUUAGUUACAUGUUUUUAAGUUUUGGCCACCUGUGCAUCAACUUGUGAAGUGCGUAAUUUCGCAUUUUCUGGUCCUAAUUCCAAGCAAGUCAGUUUAGUUUGAGCCUGCUAAAGAACCUGAAAAUUAUGCGCGCAUCAUGCCCGAUCUCACUUUAAUAACCGGGAAAGGUGACCCCUCCUGACACUGCGUCUGACUGCGGAGCUCUGUAGGACCUAGAACAGAAACAGUUUCGUGAUGACGCUUGUGGUUGUUCAAAGCAAGACAGACAUCCUGCUGGAAACUAGUAGUAGGCAACAACUUUCUCACCUCUCCUCUGCCUCUGUCCUAGGCACGACGAGCAGUGGACCCCGAACCUUUUGUGUGAUUCCUGCCUCCUGCUUCUGCUGUUGAUAAGCAUGUACAGUCUAGCUCGAAAAAGCCGGUUUAUGCCCUCACGAAAUAACAGCGUUAUUCCUUUUAUUGUUUUAAUGUGGACUGUCUACCAUGUCAAUUUCUCGCACUGGUUUAGAUGACAAUUCGAUGGAAAAACAGCAAGUGGCAACAUCGGACCUGCUGGCCUCCCGUCUCCAAUGUGUCUUCUACUCCUCGUAUGAAUGGCUUGCGUGAGUCCGUUAAGAUGACCUUUUGCCAUUUCUCAGGUGCAUUUUGUGUUUGAAGCAACCGGACCCAAUUUUUCCGCUGUGCAUAUUUGUGCACCAGCCUUUCAUCUUAUCGCGCCAGCAGACGAACUAUCACAGUGCUACGAAAUUUUAGUUUAAGCGGGAGUCCACGGACUACCAUCCUCUUCCUCCGCAGAAUCUGCGCUAAAAAGUAGUCCAUGAAAACUUGGUGAAUGCUAAAAAUGGCAAAGUUGGUUUGCUGAAGACUAAUUGCCUGUCUAUCUCCACUUUAAAGAUGCUUUUCAUGGCUGCUGAAAGUAGAAGAAUUCACCGUGCAAAGUUUCUUUCCUGGCACAGUUGAAUUUUUCAUUCGACUCUGAGUACUCAUACAGGUCCUUCGAUAACGCUUUCCCUUCACCAACUUCUUGCCGCCCGCCAAAGCAGCGCGUUUGAUUGAUGCUUUUCCUCUGCAACCGUUCCAACACACUUAGCGUGCGAAAGUUGAUAUACACUGUCUUGGCUUUCACCGGUCCGAAUAUUCAACUCAAGUACCACAUAUCUUCCGAGAAUGCUGACAGUACGGCAACGGGCAAUGUCAAUGCGCUUCGCUACGCACUAACUGGAGUUUAAAGGAAUUUCAGGCUCCUAAGGGCAUAAUUAAACUAUAAAGGUUUGGGAAAUUCCCGUGACUGAUCAUUUGGCCUCUGCCUCGACCGUUCAAUCGAACGUCCCUCCUUCUCCCAAGCUUGUUUGCUGAAAUUUUAUAUUAUUUCAGCAUGAGCGAGAGAAACCGGACCUUGCGACUGCAAACUCAUAGAAAUCAAUCCAUUUAUGCAAUUGUCGACCCUCGAUAUUCGGAGUAACUGAAUUUUCCUUUUAUGCUAUUUCUCUAAAGCUGAGUUUGGCUACAGACCCACCAGCUAGUUACAUAAUGGUUCGCACUUUUUUCGACGAACUGAGUGAGGUCAGCCAAGGAGAGACUACCUUUCUUCACAGGAGGACGUCGGUGUUGCUUGACCCCCCCCUCUUUAUAGCAUCCACUAUUUCCUAUUGUUUUUUUUUCACAGCCCUGCGACCUAACACUAAAAGCGAGGCCAGAUUAACGUAAUACACGCACACCGAAUCCGUUUGUCAGCCCGCCAACCAUUUAGUAGACUUUUUAGCCUGCCUGACCUCGACUCCUUGAACUUCGAGCACGCCUAACCUGACUCUACAAUGUUUUGCUUUAGGCCCGAGGAACUAGUUUUCCAUGGGAUUCCUAGGUGUUUUUUUAUGCCUCACUGAUUUGAUAAUCUGAACAGGAAAGCCGAUCAACAAGGUGUGCCGGUCAGUGUCGACUGGUAGCCUGGACACGUUGGAUCCGAGUUAUUGUAGACAAUCGGCUAAUAACGAACAACUAGUGCUGAAAUAAUACUUAAGUGAAGUCACAACGUCUGAGGAGGGUGUAUGCGGCUUAUAUGCCGUCCUUACCCCAGCCCAAACUGGCAGGACCCGAGACUAUCAUUUGUGUUAGUCGUCUUUGGGGGAACCGAAAUGCGCGGCGUCACCCCUGAGCCACUGGCGUAUGCCUGUUUUUGCACGACGGUAAACAAGCACCAGAAUAUGACAUGUAUUGCGGGGUCGGAACGGGUUAGCUUCGCUCUGUGGCUAGGUUUGAGGUGGUACUCUGCAAUCGAGAUGUAUACUUCCAAUCCUAGUUUACAUUCGGAGAAUUUGUUAGGUCACUCGUUCGGAGUAAAAAAGAAACUGCACCUACAUUGGAGGUUUAUGAACAUCUACAUUUUAAUUACUCGAAACUUGUAUUUUAUGAAGGCGAACUGCUUGAAGGAGGGAACUCGCAUAGCCAAAAAUGUUCACUGCAGGUUCGCUCGAGCUGCCGACCAUCGCCCGUUUGUAUUAGAUGCGGUGGCUGAGGCAAGUUAGCUGCGUUUCCCAACUAUGCAAAUUAAUCCAUACUUCUUUCCUUAUGACCCCAGAAAUAUCGGCCAAUAUAUGCAGUGGGCAGGCGUAGCCCAGAUAGCCCUUAAGUGGAGGGGGACGAAUGGUUCGCCCCGUUCUCUCACAACAAGGGUUUUCUAGCCGCGCGAGUUUCCCAUUUCCUGUAGUCCGAUUCGGUAGAUAACUUGUUCCUUCAUAAUAACCCAAUGCCUAAUACACUAUCCUGCAUAUCUUCACUCCUUUUCUACUCGAUUUUUUCCUUGCAAUUUCCUAGCAAGCAGAAGCCGGUAGUUGACGCGAUCUUUUCCACAUGGAGAAGGUUAAGCACUCGCUCGCCUGCCCUGUCGCGAGAAGGCUCACUGACUCAGUUUCAGAGCGUGCACGGCUCUGAGGCGGAAUUACAUCCCUUGGUCCUAAAAGCUUCCCCUACGAGGUUAGUGAUGAACUAUCUGAGUAGAUGAAAGUGUUUGUCUUCAAACAGUCAGUAGCUGUACUACCUGCAGUUUUUGUAAACAUUCCCAGACGGUCCGUAGACGAUGGGACAACUGCUAUGGCGCCGAUCUCCCAACAACCCGAACAGCACACCAUUGUCAAUAACGCUUUACUUCUGGCUGAAGGAGCAGGCUCCGAAAGUGACAUGUUGGACGACACCAAACACGUCGGCUCUCCUGUGAGCAAAACAAUUUUCAGUGGAGGACGCAGCCAGCUCCCAUUUUAUAGACAGUUUGGCAUUCUCUCCAAAAGAGGGUUUUUGAGUACUGUGAGGUGGGUGCUUGACCGAUAUUAUACAUUCAUGGGCAAAGCUAUAGGCUCCUUAAGUACAGAGGACUAUUAUUUUUGCCUGGUGCCAAUACGCAUUGUGCUGAUCCUAUAUAAUGCGUGCACUAUCGAAAAUUUUGAUCUUAUUGAGCGUUUGCGCGAUUUUUAAAUCGACUUUUUAAAUUUGCCUUGCUUAAUUUCCGAGGAAAUUAAUGCGCGAACUUGGAGUAACUCUUUCGAAACAGGCCUUUUCAGGCACGGUCCGAAAUUUGAUAUGAAUAUUUGAGCUGAAAUCCAUCAGCUACUGCGGAAUAACCGCUUAAUAUUCACAAACCGCCAACAGGCAGCCAGUAGUAUAGCAUUGUGCAAUAAUUUACCGUACUAACAACACAGGUAUUAGCUAAAAGCUGAUAGAAAUAGACGAUUUGUGUGGAUUUUAUAAAGACAAAUAUUUUUCCCGAUUUAAACCAUGGAAAUCCUCAUAUUAGUUUCUUCGAAUCUAACAUGCAUACGUGCGCAGAUAGAUGGAAUAGGAGGACCCCGAUCAUGUUUUUCCGAGCCGAAAAAUGUUCAUUUUCAGAAUUAAAGUAGUGGUCGGACACGCUAGAUUACAGUGGGAUCCUAUCUUCGUGUCCUAACCCGAACGCUACGCAUUCUAACCCAAAUCCUAACUAUCCUGACCCUUACACUCAUCAGAACCCCUUUCACCUCUGGAAUUUAGGGUAAGGCAACCUGCAAUACGUUGGGCUCCGCAUUUCCGUACCCAGCCAAUGCAAUUAUUAUUUCCAUGCACCUUUAGCCAUAUAUUAAAAAAAAGUCGUUUCAGCAUGCCCCCGAUGUAAGUAAUGACUGAAGGCUCGGCCACGUGUUUUUCCGGCUUUUUGUGGCCGCAUGAUGCAACUGCGGGAGUUUCUGCUAAUAAUGGACUCCACUAUGUGGUUUUUUUCAUGUAAUCCAGUUUUUCACACAAGGUACAGGAUCUAACGGCAUUUCUGUGAUGUUUUGAGAGAAUAAAAUUUAAUGCAGAACCUUGAGUCAGUGGUAUCAAUUAUGACCACUAAUGGUGUCAAGCUUAGACCGCAAAGAAACUUGCUAAUUAAUUGCAUUAGUAUGUCGUGAAAGUCCCCUUGUUUUGUUUAACCAUGGGGCAUAAUACAGAAAGCGCAUUUUCGUUUCCAUUGGAUACCUAAUACAACAAGCUAUGCAUUAAAACAAAUCUACAACAUAUCGUCUUUUAACCUAGCACAUACCCUAAAUCACACAGCUUCUCAAAGACAUUUGCCAAAUCAUUAUCUUCCGCUGCAUGCAGAGGUUGUGGACAAGGAUUGUAAAGACUUCCACUGAUGGCUUAUAGUAGUAGAAAUAUUUCCCAGGUAAUGUCAGGAGUAAAAGGUUCAAUUGCAGAAACAACCGCUGUGCUGUUUUUUCGUAGACUUGAAGGUAACAUUGUUUACUUCCCAUUUCAGAAUAAUUUCUGGAAGUAGCAGGGGAGAUCGCAAGAAGUCCUUUUUAAGAGAGUCUGUUAUGCGUAGCUGCGCUGCGUUUUCAAAACUUGGGUGUUCCGGGACCCUGCUUCGAAUGUUGCAUGUCUCUAGACGUUAACUUUAUAAUUUCGUCUGCGCUCAGCGAACAAAAUUGUUGAGACUGAACUUUUCGCGUCCAACCCAGUUUUGUGCAAGUAUUCGAGUUAAUUUCUACCGUUUUCGGCGGAAUACCGCAUCUUAGCAACUACUAAACCGGCAGUGGGCUGUGUUGUGUGCGGGAAUUUGUUUAAUCAAGUUUCUCACACAGGCACCAGCGGAACCAAUCAAUGAGGUGAACUUUUUGUAGUUGCUUCUCGCAGCCGCAGAAAACUGGUGGAAAACGCGUGUGGAAAUUUGGCUUUUACUUAUGGGGCAAUAUAAUGAGGCAAUUUUAUUUGCGUAAAGUGUAGCCGUGAAGGUAAAGAAAUUGGAUUGGGUUAACAACACCUUUACCCGUGAUUUCAAUCCUAAAUAUAUGGGCUCAAAAUGAUCCAGGUUUAGGUCGCACACGGAAAAAUGGACCUCACAGACUACAAGUGACUUUUCGCUAGAUUCCAGGAGGUACCUAUUCCCGUUACUUUGACUUUAACCCUAACUCUAACAUUGGCCCUAACAUUAACACUAGCUAUCUCAAUCCUAGCCCCCCUAACCCUUACCAUAAACCCAACCCAAACCCUAAUGACAUUGCCGACAAAGCAAACGGAGACUAGAAUGGCCGUUUCUGGCUUAUUAGCCGUUGUUAGCUAGUCAUACCCAACCCCGAAGUGUGAAACGCUUGGGGUUCGAACUCGAGACCUGUUGGUUAGAAGGCACAAGGGGACGAGUGAGUUCCGUAACACAAUCGGUGAGCGUCCUUCUACCAUUGUAAAUACCCGAUCGCAACUGACAGUUCAACGAGCCCGUGGCUCAGUGGUUAGGGGCGUUGGACUUCUAACCAACAGGUCGCGGGAUUGAGCCCCAGGUGUUCCACACUUCGGGGUUGGGCAUGGCCAGCUGAUGAUGACUAAUCGGCCAGAAGUGGUCAUUCCAGUCUCCCUUGUCUUUGUGAGCAACGUCAUUCUGCUCAUAGUAUGCGCCGCUGUGCGGCCGCUGGUUGGUCUCGAGAGGGAGAAAGCCCGUAAGACACAACGGGAUGAGUGAGUUCCGUAACACGAUCAGUGAGCGCCCUUAUACCAAGCCCUGAUCCUAACCCUCCGGGAGUUUGGGGCAAAGCCACCUGUAUUAUGGAGGGGCCCAUAUUCCAGUGCCCACCCAGAUUUAUAAGCACACCGGGCCAUUUUCCCCCUAAGAACCGCACAACAAGGGCUAUUGCUGAAAUAUCACGUACCGCGAUUCUGCCGGUGAGGACUUUUGUUAAAUUUAUUUCUCUCGAACAGAGUCUAAUGAGUCCCAUCUCUUGACGACACAUCUUUAGUCAACAUUUUUCAACAGUCCAGUCGGAUCUUAGAUAGAUUCUUGUGAAUGAUUUCUUCAUCUGUGUUGACGGAAAGCAUUAGCGGUUAUGACUCAUGUCCAUUUUUUCUCUUGCUCUGUGACCGUUAGAAAUUUCAACGGAGCCGCCGUCUAUCUUAUCGCCUGUUCGGUCUUCUCUCUGCUUCUGGGGUUUGUCUACCUAAAGUUAGAUACCUCCAAAGAGUCGGGCAUUCAAAACCGUUUGGGACUCUUCUUCUUCGUCUGUUUGCAAGUCAUUUUCUUCAACACCAACUGCGUGGAAGUUUUCAUUCGUGAUUUCGCACGAUUCAGGUUAUUAUAACAAUUUUCUCCAUUUUUCCUUAAAUGUGAAUCCAAUUCCAAAAAUGUGCAGCUGUGUUCGUUUCCUACUCGAAAACAGUAGCACCAUUAACAUCCCAGAUUGCCCCCUUUCUCAGUAGACGUUUAGAGCUCUAAAAGACUCUUUGGGCACCUCCGCACCCACCCUCCUCGCCUACCCAUCAGUAAAACCAGCCGCACAGUCCGGUGAAAGUGGCCCCACCUCUCAUUAAGUUUUAUGCUGGUGAAAAUGUUUUGUGGACUGAUGAGAAAAAGAGGGCAAUGGUUCGACGAACACAGGUAAAUAAUUUGAAAAUAAUAACUUGAUGAUGCCCAGGGCUGUACAGAAGAGCACAGAGAACACUUUUAUUCGGGGGAACAGUGAAAAUGCGCAGUAAAAUACGUUCACCUGAAGGGGGUGUAUUUUUGGCCUGAAUUUUCACCCGCCUGUACGACUAGCAAGAUGCGGCGCGCUGCCUUCUGACCCUCUAACGCAAGCUAUACACAGGACUGCUCAGUUUGUGACGAAGAGUAACUGAAUUCACCACCUAAGACGUCACAACACAAAUAACCCCUCUCAGUCUGAAGAAAGUUUCACCGCUCGUUUUGCCCUGACUUCUGCAAUUUACUUUUGUAAUGAUUUUUAGCUUUGGGACUGCACUAAAUCAACUUUUUUCUCAAAGGGCUGUCCAGAACCGUAGUAAUAAGAGCGAUUCCUAAUCAGUUUUUGCAAGGGUUGUUAAACCGGAUAUGUAGGAUAAUCACUACCAUCUAUGAGUCUCCUCCACAACCUCACAAAAAGACCCUAGAAUUGAACGUCGCACGUAGUACGGGCUUUAGGUUUUGGGUCAGCAUAUAGCAUUCGAAUCAUGUAGUUCCUGAUAUGGAGCUUCUUUGGUCGUGUUUUCUGUGGUCCUUCGCCGUAUGGACUUUUUCAAUAAAUCCUUUUAUUAGGAGCGUGGGUACUUGAGUGACUGACCUUUGAUUACGCUCUCCCUAGGUCCACCUAAAAUGUGCAAAUGUUACCUCUCUGCUACUUUUCUUGGCAUCUUGCGCAUGCUACAAUAAUCUUCUGCGCGCGAUUGAUUUAGGCAGGAACGAUUCAAAGGCUACUACUGCACAUCAGCUUACUUUCUGUCUAAAGUGUUCUGUGAAGUACUGCCGGUGAGAGUCUUUCCUGUCAUCGUCUUCCUCCCAAUGCUUUACUUGAUGGCCGGCCUGAAGUCCGAAAUCUCUGCCAUUGUGAUUUGGGAGCUUGUCUGGCUAGCGACAUCUAUAGCCUCCUGCGGUGUUGCUAUCCUAACAGGCGUUGUCUUCAAUCACCUGGAACUUGCCAGCCUCUUCACCUGCCUCGUGUACUCUUGCAUGAUGGUACGUAAUGUUCACUAUCAAUUGCGUGCUACUAACUGUCAUUUGAGUAAGUAUUGUUUUUGCGAUUACAUUUUCAGGCAUUCAGCGGUUAUUUGCUUAACAUGGUGUCCACUUGGCGUGUGCUGAGUUGGCUUCGGUACCUUUCCAUAUUCUGGUAUGCCUUCUCCGCUCAGUCAAUCAACGAACUGACGGGAGUUGAAUUCUGCUCGCUGGCCAAACUCUCGUCAUCACAACAGCAUUCAUGGGCAAUGUCCGGGGUUGAUUUUGUUGUUCCGGAUGAUGGUGCUGUCAAAAAUUCUACAAGCUCGCGACUGCAAUCCUGGUAAUACUUUACUUAUGUUUAUGGUCCAGAUGAUUCAAAUUAGUUUGCACUUUUCACGAAAAGAGGGACCCUCAAAGGGAGAUCAAGUGAUCGAAAUUCCCAUCACUACUGUUUUGCGUUUUGUGUAUUUUAGUGUCUCCGGUUCGGAGUACCUAGAAAAUCAAGGCAUACCAUUUGGUUCUCCAUGGAGUCUCUGGAGUAACAUUCUUGGCCUCGGUUGCAUUUCUUUUUUUACCUACUUGGCUGCCUAUAUCCGCCUACGACUUUUGCGAAACUACGUCUCUUGA